CCCGGUUUCCUCCCCCGUUCCCCUCUCUCUCUCUCUCUCUCUCUCCACUCGCCUCCGCUCGCGGUGGAGUGCCCCAAUCCUCCACCUCUUCUUCGCCCCCCCCGCCUCCUCUUUCUCCUCAACCCUACUCCGACGCGGCGCCACGAGACAACAGCGGGCGCGCGGAGCAAACGAGAACUAAAACGAGAGGGAGGUCGCGGCGCCCGAUUCGGUCGCGCUCGCGCGGGGGCGCCCCGGAUUGGAUUGGAUUGGAUCCUUGGAUCCCCCCGCGCGCGGAGGGGAAUUCGGCGCCCAGAUCCCCGCGAUUCCGGCGCCGGCGCCGGGCAUGAGAGGCCGUAGGGCAUGCCUGUGGUGGUGGCCCCUGGCGCGGGACGAGUGAGCCGGCGGCGGGAGGACGAGGAACAGGACCUGUGGCUGAGGCUGAGGCCUGAGAGGAGCAGUCGUCAAGUAGGAGGAGGAGGAGGUCGGGGUGGGUGAUCCGAGGCCCGAGGCGGCCGUGCCAUGUCUCGCUGCUUCCCGUUUCCGCCACCACGAUAUGAGAAGACCGUGCGCCCCGACGCCCAGCUAGCCUCGCAGCAGCAGCAGCUUGACAAGGUGGAACAACACCCCCACCCCACCCCGCACCCUGCCUUACUGAUCGAUCGCCUCGUCGUCCACUCGUGCUAGGAGAAACACAAAGAGAAGAAACAUAAGAAGGACAAGAAGGACAAAGAUAGAAAGGAAGGUAAAGAAAAGAAGGAUAAAGACAGGAGUAGGGAUAAGCACAAAGAUAAGAAAGAUCGUAAAGAAAAACACAAAGACGAGAAAAAAGACAAGAGCAAAGAUAAAAACAGGGAGUCAGGCGAAGGAAUUCAAAGAAAUGACGAGGCUCUCCAUGGUCAGAAGGUUGGAGAGAGCAGCAGGGGGUCUGAAGAAAUUAAGGAUCUUAAAUUCAGGGAGGAGUUGGUCAGAGGAGUACAGGAUGAGAAAGGGGCAGCGAGUCAAACUAUUGAAAAUUAUGCUGUUUCAAAUGAUCGAAAUCGCAAAGGCUUCAUUGCUUCACCUGCAAUGGAGACUGAAAGGUCCGCGCAUAAUAAAGUGCAUAUUCAGUCUGGUAAUGCUUCAAGGAAAACUGAGGGAUUUAUACAACAGAGCAUCAAUGCCAAUCGACAAAAGAAUGGGACAUCAGUACAACAUUCUGAAAGCUUCACCACUUCUGCUCGAAGAACUGCUGGUGGCUUUCCACCAGCACCUACAACGGAGGAUAAAUUCAAAGCUGCAAGGCUUUCAUCCAGUAAUGAAGCUGCACCCAGAAAAGAGGGGGUUGGACAGCGAAUCAGUAACAUUAGCAUAUCGCUUCAAAAGAGAACUGAGAACACAAACAAAGAUGUCGCGAAGAAAGAAGUUGGCACCUCCUCUCCAUUGCCUCCAAAUCCUGCUAAUGCUAUGCAUAAGGGAAAUGGCAAGGUUGGUAGGCCAAUGGACAACACACAAGGAUCCAUGCAGAGAUUUGGCAGCCCAUCAACAUCAAGUGCAACAUGGGGGAUGGAUAGAGGAGCACCUAGGUCAUCCAUCCCAAGCCCGAGCAUUACAAUACGGAGACCGAAUGGCAUGGUACGACCAGCUGAAAAUCUUUCUGUCUCUGCUAAGAAACCUGAUGCAGGAGGCCUUUCACCUGCUAUGGGUAAGGAAAAGGAACAAGGUGGAAGGUUGCUGCAAGCUAAUAUUUCAACUGAUCAGAAACUGGCAGCUGAAAGUCGUUCUGCCUCUGCUAAGAAACCUGAUGCAGGAGGCCUUUCACCUGCUAUGGGUAAGGAAAAGGAACAAGGUGGAAGAUUGCUGCAAGCUAAUAUUUCAACUGAUCAGAAACUGGCAGCUGAAAGUCGUUCUGUCUCUGCUAAGAAACCUGAUGCAGGAGGCCUUUCACCUGCUAUGGGUAAGGAAAAGGAACAGGGUGGAAGGUUGCUGCAAGGUAAUAUUUCAACUGAUCAGAAACUGGGAGCUGAAAACCGUUCUGUCUCUGCUAAGAAACCUGAUGCAGGAGGCCUUUCACCUGCUAUGGGCAAGGAAAAGGAACAAGGUGGAAGGUUGCUGCAGGCUAAUAUUUCAACUGAUCAGAAACUGGUUAUGUCAAAGCCUCCAGCUGUGGAGAAAGCUGCAGAUGGGAGAGCUGAAAGGAUGGAGAAGGUCAGAGAUGGGGCACCAGAUAUUGCCAAGAAAGAGGACAAAAAGAGUGAUCGGCAUGAGAAAAAGAAAAGGAAAGAGAAAGAUAAACACAAAGAGAAGAAAAAGGAGAAAGAGGCAAAGAAGGAGAAAAGGGAACAUAACCACAAAGAGCAUAAUAAAACAAGAGAAAACAGUAUAAGUUAUCCCAUAGAUAGUCUUAACUUGAAGCACUCGGUCCCUCCUUUAGCCCCACCAGUUGAUGAUGGAAAAUCUGUUGUGCCUGAUGAGAACCUGAAGAAGCGAAAGAACCAUGAAACGAAUGGUUACUUACAAAACAACCUUGAUAUGCGGCCUACAAAGUUGCCGAGACCAGCACUCCCCAGCAAUCGUGUGGAGAAUGGUACAGCAUCUCAUGUAGCCGCGCCACUCUCUUCUGUGAAGCAGGAAGCCAUAAAUAUUGAAAAGGCUGAAAGGCUCCACAAGGAAGAGAAGGUCAAUGGCAACCAACAGGGUCAGCAGCGAGGUCCAGUCGAUCCGGUGGCUGCUUAUGAGAAUGGCACAAGCUCUAGGAAGCCACCUCACCCCGACUGCAAGUAUCUUAGCCAGAUAUACAGCAUUCCUGAAGCACCUCAAAUGAUGGAAUUGCCUGGGCAGGAAGGUGAGGACUGGCUGUUCGACAAAGGCGGCACCCAGCCAAGGAAGCCGGCCAGUUCAGCGCCUGAGGCUGAUGGAGUCCCCCAAGUGUGGGCUCAGGCUCUGAAAAUUGACCAUGCUGAUGUCAUUGCUCUGCCAUACGUGAUACCCUUUUAGCUGAGUGACAAUCACCUGUGAAGCUGAGACAUCAAUGAACAACAGCAACUUUGUGUGGCUGGGAUGUGUUGCCAGCUUUUACAAGUAGCUUGUGUGGCAUAGAUAGAUAGCUUCAUGCACCACUCCCUUUGCCGUGGGCGUGCUGCGUGGAAAGUCGAACAAACAGUGUUGGCUGCCAGGAGGCUGGGAUCUGUAAUGGAGUUGGUUAGGUGUUAUCGCUGCACAAUUUUGAUCUGUUGAGGUGUAAUAACAUUUUUAAUACCAAAGAUGUACAUUAGAGAGAGGAGGGAGAGGGAAAAGACUUGAGAUUCUUCUUCAUUUAUUACAGUAGUUGGAUGGAUUUGAGCUGCUGCUGCUGGUGGUGGUGGCUGAGAUAAAUCUGCUUGUGGUUGAUUUGUUCCAAA